CCUGCUCGUGGAGUUUGCCCUGUCCGUGGCGGAGAAGAUGCAAGCGCAGGACGUGCUGCGGGGCCUGCGGCUCCCCGAGCUCGACGACCUGGGCCAGCUCGUGCGCAGCCUGCCGGCCACGGCGCUCGUGGGGCUGGGCGCCUUCGCGGCCGUGCUCGCCUACUGGUUCGCGUGCCGGCCCAAGGCCGUGCAGCCGCCCUGCGACCUCGCCAGGCAGUCGGCAGAGGUGGAGGGCUCGGAUGGUGCACGGAGAUCCGUGAUAGGUGACAACGACCAGCUACUCACACACUACUACGAUGACGCCAGGACCAUGUACGAGGUCUUCAGAAGAGGGUUUAACAUCUCUGAGAACGGCCCCUGCCUGGGAUUCAGGAAACCCAAGCAGCCCUACCAGUGGUUGUCCUACAGAGAGGUCUUUGAAAGAGCCGAAGCCUUGGGUUCAGGGUUGCUUCAGCAGGGAUGCAAACCAUGCCCAGAGCAGUUUAUUGGAGUCUUUGCUCAAAACCGCCCCGAGUGGAUCAUUUCUGAGCUGGCUUGCUACACUUACUCCAUGGUGGUGGUUCCCCUGUACGACACCUUGGGGCCUGGAGCCAUCCGGUACAUCAUCAACACAGCGGACAUUUCCACGGUCAUCUGUGACAAGCCAGAAAAGGCCCGGGUUCUCCUGGACCACGUGGAGAAGCAGGAAACGCCGGGGCUCAGCAACAUCAUCCUGAUGGACCCGCUCGAGAAGGAGCUGCAGGAGCGAGGGGCGCGCUGCGGCGUGCGCGUCCAGGCCAUGCGCGACGUGGAGGAGCGUGGCCGUGAGUGCCGACACGUCCCUGUGCCUCCUCGGCCAGAAGAUCUGUCAAUCGUCUGUUUUACUAGUGGCACAACAGGCAACCCCAAGGGCGUCAUGCUGACCCACGGCAACGUGGUCGCGGACUUCUCAGGCUUCCUCAAAGUGACCGAGAGUCAGUUGGCUCCCACUAGCGCAGAGGUGCACGUUUCCUAUUUGCCUUUAGCACACAUGUUUGAGCGAAUGGUGCAGUCCGUCGUGUACUGCCACGGGGGGCGGAUCGGCUUCUUCCAAGGGGACAUCCGGCUGCUGUCGGACGACAUGAAGGCGCUGCGCCCGACCAUCUUCCCCGUGGUGCCGCGGCUCCUCAACAGGAUGUACGACAAGAUCUUCAGCCAGGCGGACACCCCGCUGAAGCGCUGGAUGCUGGAAUUUGCAGCCAAGCGGAAGAAGGCCGAAGUUCACAACGGCAUCAUCAGGAACGACAGCCUGUGGGACAAGAUCUUCUUCAAUAAGAUACAGGUAAGGGCUAUCAUCACCAGAGUUUUUGCUGUGUAACAGUGAAAUAUUGUGUAGGUUUCAAGGUGCAUGUUUCUUUGCCAGGUGUACGAGGGUUAUGGGCAAACCGAAUGCACCGCCGGCUGCACCUUCACCACCCCCGGGGACUGGACAUCAGGUCAUGUUGGAGCCCCUCUGCCCUGUAAUUUGAUCAGACUGACGGACGCGGAGGAAUUGAAUUACUUUGCUUCCAAGGGAGAAGGAGAGAUAUGUGUGAAAGGACCAAACGUUUUCAAGGGUUAUCUAAAAGAUGAAGAGAAGACGACUGAAGCGCUGGAUGAGGAAGGCUGGCUUCACACGGGAGACAUAGGGAAAUGGUUACCUAAUGGGACUCUUAAAAUUAUUGAUCGGAAAAAGCAUAUAUUUAAACUUGCUCAGGGAGAAUAUAUUGCGCCGGAGAAGAUUGAGAAUAUCUAUAUCCGCAGUGACCCCGUUGCCCAGAUAUAUGUCCAUGGAGACAGCUUGCAGGCCUUUCUGGUGGGAAUUGUAGUACCCGAUUCGGAAGUUAUGCCAGGCUGGGCCAAGAAGAGAGGAUUUGAUGGAUCCUAUGGAGACCUCUGCAAAAACAAGGAACUACGGCGAGCAAUAAUGGAAGAUAUGGUCCGGCUAGGUAAGGAGAGCGGACUUCACUCCUUUGAGCAGGUCAAAGGCAUUUACAUUCACUCCGAUAUGUUCUCAGUGCAGAACGGUUUGUUGACGCCUACACUGAAGGCUAAGAGACCAGAGCUAAGGGUUUACUUCAAAAAGCAGAUCGAAGAGCUAUAUUCAAGCAUCUCCAUCUGAAGUGGUGGGAGGACU